AUGUUUGAAAACGCUAUUGGUGUAAAACAGGCAAUCUACUUUCGAGUUACGCAAAAUGUUUACUGUAAUGUUCACGGGGUUUAUUAUGAGUGUUCAGGAAUACCUCAUCAGUUCUAUUUAUCAGUUCUAUUGGUUGCUCUGGGUCUACUAGCACUCUAUCUUGUUUCCACCUUCUCUACAAUAGCCUGGUUACUCUGCCCCUUCUGGGGUAAACUAGCAAGGAUGAUGAGAGCAUACAGCUACGAGUUGAGAGUAGCUGCUGCAGCUGAAGGGAAGGACAACCCUACUGCCAAGAUACUCAUGGGAGAAAUGUAUCAGAUUUAUUACAAUAACAGAGACCUUAGAUUAUUGUUGGAUCUGUUGGCUGCAACCUCGGGUUUAGCUCCUUGUCUCAGGGUGAUGGCUCUUCUUGAUAAAUCAUUUAGAGAUCAAUGCCAGCCCAUCAUUCAUUCUUUAGAGCGCAUGCCGUCUGAAAAUGGAGUAGAUGAGGGGGAAGUUGUCCUGGUAUUCUCUGAAUCCCCUUUAGCUCGGCAUAUAUUUGGAAAGAUGGAUGCUAUUCAGUGUAUGUACACCGUACAGAUUGUACCAAGGACAGACAAGGAUUCAGUUGAAGUAGUUCUCUUUACAAAGGAAGACGAGCUCAAAUUCUUCAGUUAUUUCCGGAAAGCUGGAAGAGUUAUUAAGCCUGGUGAUCUACCCAGAAAAAAGUUCUUUUUCCACGCGGUUGAAAAAGAAAACACGUAUACCGUUAAAGUAUCUUUAGUAUUAAACGGCCGAGCAAUCGCAACAGCACAGAAAAAGUUAAAAGCAGUUCUUGUCCCAGUUCACGACAUGAAUCAGUUGAUGCUAAUAUUCAGAUGA